AUGUCAAACUUCACUUCAACAAACAGUGAAGGCUCGGUGGCAUCUGUCUAUGACAGUUAUGGCGAGAAGCAGUUGUUAGCUGCCUUGUACGGUCUCAUCUCAUUCGCCGGUGUGAUCGGCAACAGCGCCGUCGUGCUUGCCCCGAUCCUCUCCCGCAAACCACGCACCACAACCAACGUGUUUGUGAUCAACCUGGCCGUGGCGGACCUCCUCAUCUGUAUGAGCCUGCCUAUCACGCUCCUGGCGGUGCUGAGCGAAAGCAAGGAAAAUCUACUUAUUCCAUUGCCUCUUUGCGCUUUCCAGGGCUUUCUAUUCGUCGUUUGCAUCGGGUGCAGUAUGAACAGCAUCGCGUCAAUUGCCAUCUACCGCGCCCUGAUCACUCUUCGGACGAACCAAAGCCGUCUGAUCUGGCUGUUCAACCGUCGCGGCCUGGCUGCUAUGGUCGCUAUAAAUUGGCUGCUCCCUUCAAGUGCCAGUUUAAUGCCCAUUGUAUCUGAGGCCGGUUCGUACGAAUACGACACUAAAAUUAGUACCUGUUCCAUUAGCCCGAGCUCCAAAGGCUUCAAAACAUUUGCUAAACUCAUUACAGCCUGCUACCCAUUGCAGUUGGUUGUCAUUUUCGCCAGCAGUGUCUUCAUCGUAUUUUCUGUUAGGAAACACAUCAGAAGGGUAAACUCCAUUCGACAGCAGCAAAUAGCUGUUGUCGGUGCAGUCAUGAGGCUGAAUGCACAGCCGGCUAAGCGUGGUGGUGGUCAAAGAUCAGCCCAGCCGAUUCAAAAUCGUCUCCUCACUCGAGAAGUUUGUACCCAAUAA